CAUUUGAAGACUGAAGAGGAUCAGGAGGACACCAGUCUGGACCAGGAGGCCCGAGAUCUCCACCACAUGAAAGAGGAAGAGGAGGAACUCUGGACCAGUCAGGAGGCAGAGCAGCUGCAAGGACUGGAGGAGGCCGAUGACACCAAGUUCCUGUCCACUGGUGUCCAUGUGAAAACCGAAGAGGAUGAGGACAGACCUCAGUCUUCACAGUAUCUUCAGUGUCAGACUGAGGAGGAGCCUGGAGCCAAGAGCUCAGAGCCGCUGAAACAAGUCUGUCCAGCUGAUUCUGGGAAAGGGUAUAACUGCACAGAACACAUGACAGUCCACACAGGGGAUAAACUUUUUGGUUGUGAUGACUGUGGGAAAAGAUUUACCAUACGGGGGCAUCUUAAGAUGCACAUGAGAGUCCACAGAGGAGAGAAACCUUUUGCUUGUGGUAAUUGUGAGAAAAGAUAUACCGCGCAGGGGAAACUUAAGCUGCACAUGAGAGCCCACACAGGAGAGAAACUUUUUGGUUGUGGCGAUUGUGGGAAAAAAUGUACCACCCGGGCAGAUCUUAAAAAACACAUAAGAGUUCACACAGGAGAGAAACCGUUUGGUUGUGAUGAUUGUGGGAAAAGAUUUGCCCAACGGGGGCAUCUUAAUCUCCACAUAAGAGUUCACACAGGAGAGAAACCGUUUGGUUGUGAUGAUUGUGGGAAAAGAUUUAUCACACAGGGGAAUCUUAAAAUCCACACGAGAGUCCACACAGGAGAGAAACCUUUUGGUUGUCAUGCUUGUGGGAAAGGAUUUACCACACAGGGGCAUCUUAAGCUGCAUAUGAGAGUCCACACAGGUGAAAAACCUUUUGGUUGUGGUUAUUGUGAGAAAACAUUUACUGCACAGGGUAAACUGAAGCUGCACAUGAGAGUCCACACAGGUGAAAAACCUUUUGUUUGCGGUUAUUGCGCUAAAAGAUUUACCACACAGUGGAGGCUUACGGUACAUAUGAGAGUCCACACAGGAGAGAAACCUUAUGGCUGUGGUGACUGUGGGAAAAGAUUUACCACACAGGGUGAUCGUAGAAAGCACAUGAGAGUCCACACAGGAGAGAAACCUUUUUGUUGUGAUGAUUGUGGGAAAAAAUGUACAACACGGGCAGAUCUUAGAAAGCACAUGAGAGUCCACACAGGAGAGAAACCAUUUGGUUGUGAUCAUUGUGGGAAAAAAUUUACCCAAAGGGGGAAUCUUAAAAGGCACAUGAAAGUCCACACAGGUGAGAAACCUUUUGGUUCUGGUGAUUGUGAGAAAGGAUUUACCACACCAAGAAAUCUUAAAAGGCACAUGGGCGUUGUAACAAACUUGACUGUAGAUGGGCAGAUUUUCCCAUCCUACAGGACAUACGAAAACUCUGCCCCAGCAAUAAAACUGGUUCGCAUCACAUAGGAGACUGGAAGCUGGUUCCAAUUUGUUGGUGUCAUUGACUGUGAUUUUGUGGCCCCAGCUGAUAUCUGCGUUGAAUAUGGUAUUGGUUAUAACAUAAAAGAAACUGAGUUUUCUUUUUUAUGUAAACUCCAAAUGUUCUUGUGUGAGACAACCUUAUAGGUAGUAGCAACCUUGCAGGUAGUAGCAACCUUGCGAUGAUAAGCUGCCUGGCUGCAGAAACUUAAUUGUCACAACACAAGCAGCACUUUUCUGAUUGGGCUUGUUGCUCGGAUGAAUUCCAUACAAACUGGCUGGCUGUUGAGAGGGGAAGUGAUGUUUAGGAAGUUAUAUCAGAAAAUGUUUUAUAUAAAAUAUCCAGCUGUUUACUUAUUACAUAAUACACACUGUCCUUUAAAUUUUCUAUUCUUGAUAACAUCUUACGUCAACUAAAUACUGUGCAAAACAAGUAUGCUCUUAAGUGGCCAGUGUCGCGGCUUUUAUUGGUUUUUCAGACAAAAUGUAACACUUCCUCAAAGAGCCAGAGUAUACUAGUUUAUAAAAAUGUCUCAGUACAAUAAAAUCUGAGGGUUUAAGGGUUUAAUGUAGCUGCCACUAUAACUGCAGGUUGUUGUUAUUUGGGAGGUUUUGGGGU